AUGGCUUUAGUAUUUCGAAGUGUGGCACAAGUAGCUGGAAUCUCACUGUCUUUGCUGGGAUGGGUGUUAGCCUGUCUUACGAACUACCUGCCACAUUGGAAAAACCUCAAUCUGGACUUAAAUGAAAUGGAGAACUGGACCAUGGGACUCUGGCAGGCCUGUGUCAUCCAAGAGGAGGUCGGGGUGCAGUGCAAGGACUUUGACUCCUUCCUGGCUUUGCCUGCCGAACUCAGGAUCUCCAGGAUUCUCAUGUUCCUGUCGAACGGGCUGGGGCUCCUGGGCCUGCUGGUCUCCGGAGUUGGCCUGGACUGCUCAAGGAUUGGAGAGACGCGGCGGGGCCUCAAGAAGGGACUGCUGAUCUUGGGAGGGAUUCUGUUCUGGGCAGCAGGUGUCGCGGCCCUGGCUCCAGUGUCCUGGGUCGCCUACCAGACGGUGCAGGAAUUCUGGGAUGAGACCGUGCCAGAGAUCGUGCCCAGGUGGGAGUUUGGGGAAGCCCUCUUUCUGGGCUGGUUUGCUGGGUUUUUCCUCCUCCUGGGAGGUUGCCUGCUGACCUGUGGAGCCUGCACCCCCCAGGCUGCCCCGGCUUCGGGCGACUAUGCGGCGGCAGAAACUCAGUAUCACCGUCAGCACCGGGAGAUGAACAAAGCCCAUCUGAAAACCUAA